AUGCGCAAACGAAACUAUGGAUACGUACGCAAUCCAGAUCGUUCCGUGUUGCUUACGUCUCCGCGUCCACAUGAUGCCCUAGACGUAUCAAAAUUACCCAAGAACUUUGACUGGCGCAAUGUGAAUGGCACACGAUACGUGACAAUCUCUCGUAAUCAGCACAUUCCUCAUUAUUGUGGCUCGUGUUGGUCCUUUGCUGCAACAUCAGCUUUGGCAGAUCGUGUUCUGAUUGCGAAAGCUUUUAAUGAACGCAAUCAAACAGCUGUUCAAGUGCAUCGAGAGGUAGUAUUGUCUCCACAGGUUUUGCUUAACUGUGACAAAAAAGACAAUGGCUGCAAUGGUGGUGAUCAACUAGAAGCUUAUCGCUAUAUCAAAGAAAAUGGUGUCCCCGAGGAAGGCUGCCAACGGUAUGCAGCUAAAGGACACGAUACAGGAAAUACAUGCACGGCCAGGGACGUGUGUGAAAAUUGUUUGCCAUCCACUGGCUGCUUUCCACAAAAAACCUACGACAAGUACUAUGUUUCAGAGUACGGUACGACGCUUGGAGAGCAAGAGAUGAUGGCGGAAAUUUAUGCUCGUGGACCUAUUGCAUGCAGUGUCGCCGUUACGGACGAGUUUCUCGAGUACUCGGGAGGCAUCUUUGAUGACAAGACGAAUGCUACGGACGUGGAUCACGCUAUUUCGAUUGUCGGUUGGGGAAGCUUCUGGGGCGAAGAUGGAUGGAUGCGACUUAUACGGGGAGUAAAUAACAUUGGUGUCGAAGGAGAGUGUGCGUUCGGGGUGCCAAAAGAUGGUGGGUGGCCAACGCCUACUGCUAUUGAAGACGACGAGAGUCGACAAGAGGACGAGGAAGGUGUACUAAACAAUGUCGAAGAGAAUGAGUCAGUAAAAUCGACGCUUGGAGGCUGUCGCCAGAAGUUGCAUUUUGCUGGUGGCGAGCGUGUGAUUUCAAAGCGGCCUUAUGAGACAAUGGACCUUAAUGACCUUCCAAAGACUUGGGACUGGCGUGAUGUCGAUGGUAAGAACUAUGUUACGUGGGACAAAAACCAGCACAUUCCAAAGUAUUGCGGAAGCUGCUGGGCUCAGGGAACAACCAGCGCUCUGUCCGAUCGCAUCUCAAUUAUGAGAAAUGCUUCAUGGCCAGAAAUUGCGUUGUCACCUCAGGUUCUCAUCAAUUGCCACGCUGGCGGCACUUGUAAUGGCGGUAACCCUGGUUUAGUGUAUGAGUAUGCACAUCGUCAUGGUAUCCCUGACCAAACGUGUCAAGCCUACCAGGCGACGAACCUUCGGUGCGACCAAUUCGCGAUCUGUGAAACCUGCUGGCCGUCCAAGGAGUUGUUGUCUUCUAGUGCGGAGAUCUACAAGCGUGGCCCCAUUGGGUGUGGUGUGCACGCCACUAAAAAGUUUGAGGCGUAUACGGGUGGCAUCUAUUCCGAGCACGUCAUGUUUCCCUUUAUCAACCAUGAAAUUUCGGUGGCUGGUUGGGGCUACGAUGAGGAAACGGACACCGAAUACUGGAUCGGACGAAACUCAUGGGGGACAUACUGGGGUGAGAAUGGCUGGUUUCGCAUGCAAAUGCAUCACAACAACCUUGGCAUCGAACAUGAAUGCGAUUGGGGUGUACCACUGCCGGACGGCUCCAAGCCUAACGACUUUGUCGUUUCUAUCGAAAUCGAAGGCAACGAGGUGACCAACGGCGCGGCAUCAGGAAUGUUUAAUAAUGUGAGUCACGGUGCAUACUAA